AUGAGGACUGCGGUGGCUUUGUUGUGCCUGGUGGCUCUGUGUGCAGCGCAGAAGAGGAGGAGAACUGAACAGAACUCCGAAUGGGACUACAGGACUGAGGGUGAGUGGCUGCCUGGUCCGGUUUUCAUUUCAGAAUCAGAAAGUAACGCUCCCUACACUUUCAAUGCAUUUUUCAGCAAAAGGUGGGUGAACCCUCGUGCAUCAUUUUUGAAAAAAGGUGCAUAAACUGUGUUUACGGUCGUGUGUGUGUGUGCGUGCGGGGCUUAGUAGGUAGAGCAUUGCACUUGCAACGCCAGGGUUGUGGGUUGAUUCCCACGGGGGACCAGUACGAACAAAUAUGAAAAUGUAUGCACUCCCUACUGUAAGUCGCUCUGGAUAAGCUCUUCUUCUAAAAUGUAAAAAAUGUACUUGUUUACCCUCCACUACACCACUGGGGAUCAUCCUCAGUCAUGAUUUGCUCUUUUGCAUUCCUUGGUUGCUGAUGUAUUCUUUAGACAUGACAAGGUAGACAGAAAUCUGCACAGGGGUGUUAAGGCGUUGUUAGAAGUACAGCUUGUGAUGCCAAACACAAUCAAUAAAAUGUAAUGAUUACCCCCCCCUCCCCCUCCCCCUCCCUCUCCCUUUCUGUUCAUGCCACUGCAGCAGGGAAGGUGAACACUAGAGGCUGUGCCAACCUCACCCUGGUGUUGGACAACUGGAAGUUUGCUAUCAUGAACCAAGUCAAAGACCUUCUCCUCAACGACCACAGCACUGUGCUGCCUGAUUACGGGAGGUGGGUAUAUCCUAUUUAGUUGGUUUUUAGAUUUGAGAAGUUAAUUGGUGAGAUCAGACAUUUUAACAUACUUGUAUGAUUGGAUAAAUAGAAAGAGGAGAUACUUCACUGUAUUUAUUACAAAGCUCAUUACUUUGGACAUGUACCUUUUUUAGCUUUAGUCAGAUCCCAAGAAGACUGUUAUUAUAACAUGUAACUUGUUUUCGCACUGUAAUGGACUGUAGUUUUCUCCCCCACCGUCCCUUCCUCCACCAGGAUCCCUCCUCUAUCAGAUGCCCUCGGAGAUCUCUACAAGGAGUUUAAUGCUCUGAAGGAGCGUCUUGGGGAGCUGACCACCAAGUUUGAGGGAGUCGAGGGCUUCGUGGAUGACGUGAGGGCAGGAAGAAGCCCCUACCCUCCCAGAGCAGAGCCCCGCCCACUGACACCAGAGGAGGAGAACCAGAACACCACGCUGACUGGAACCGGAGAGGGAACCGGUACCGGCACCAGUACUAGACGCAGGCACCGUGUGGUGGUCCGGAGGGUCAAGAUACCUGCUAAUGGUGCCCUGGUCUAA